AUGUUAGUAGUUGGCAUGGCUAGGUCCUGCCAUGGGACGUCCAGCUGGGGACUGCAGGUGCUAUGGAAACGGGCCCUUAAAGAUCGUUUCAAAUAUGUGCGGAGACCCGUUGAAGAUGAUGAGCAAGUCCUGAGGAACAAAUGCAAGUUUGGCCACAAGAGAGGACAAACCAGAAAAUCUUCAUUUGUUGAAAACAAACUUGAUGAUCUUCGGGUGAAGGUAGAGGAAGAACCUGUUCAUCUUGAAGGCAGUACAAUGGAUUUGCAUACUAAGUGGCUUAAGCAAGAAUAUAUGAAAACUCAGAGAAACUGGAAAGAAGUUGAUAACAGAAUGAAUGUGACGAUAGGAAUACGGAGAAAAAUGAUCAACAACAAGGCACCUUUAAAAGAUAUUCUUAGACUAUUUCCUUUCUUAAGAUGCCCUUAUCAGCUUUUUAGGGAGUUCCAGCUUCUCACACACAUGGACAUUUAUAAGAAAACAGUCGAGAUUUUGGAGAUUUAUUCAGAAAGCAUAUUGUCCUUGUAUGUGGUGAGGAAUAAUCCAAUUAACAUUAUGCUGCAAGAAAAUCUGAAGCAGUACACAGAGGAAGACAUUCUGAAAUAUAUGAAAAUGACUGCUGCAUGUUUACUCCUGCCAGAUGUCUUUGGAGAUGAUUCCAGUCUGUUUGCUGUGGUGAACGAGGAGGUAAAGGCAGUGACACCAGUGUUGGAAGUAAAGAAUCCCUUCAACAUGAAUUCAUGUGAGUUUGCACUGUACAUAGAAAGAGAAGAGCUAGCCCAGCUCGAUGACUGCACCAUGGCCCUGGCGGCGCUGCUGGCUGCAUUUCAUGUAUUUAAUAUCCCAUGCCCAAAGAGAAUCCACAGGACUCUGAACUUCCUGGAGUCCCUGGUCUUUGAGGUGAGGAACCCAGUAUCCCUGCCCAUCCAGGCAAAGGCAGAGCUGGAGGCUCCCAAGUAUCCAAUACCUGAUAGUGCACCCAGCACUCCUCUUGGGAGCAUUUGA